AUGGCGCCUGGAAGCAAGCGUGGCAUGUCCAUGGAAGAAAAAUGCGACGCCGCACUUGACUGGAUUCGCAAGCAGAACUCCUUCUUCCACAUGAAAGACCUUGAAAAAAGCCUUCCGAAGGCCAAGGGUAUCACUCCAAUGUCCAUCAAAGAUGUAAUUCAAACGCUCGUUGAUGAUGACCGAUUGAUGACGGAAAAGGUUGGCUCCUCGAGCUUUUAUUGGUGCUUCGACUCUCAGCUCGUGAAUUCUUUAGACAGCUCGACGACCAAGCUCAAAGCAGAACUUGAGCAACUGAACGCAGAGACGAAGACGAAGGGGGAAAAGCUCCGCUUCUACCAGGAGAAUGACGAGGACAUCUCCCCAGAAGAGCUGCAGAAGCUAAAGAAUGAGCUCAAAGCUCUUACAAACGAAGAAGCUUCCUUGACCAAAGAAUGCGAGGCUUCGAAGAAGUUCACACCCGAGUAUCUUCAAAAAUUAGAUCAGGAUAAGAAAUUGUGCAUCGAAGGCGUCAAUCGAUGGACAGAUAACAUCUGGAACGUGACUUCUUUCGUCAAGAAGCGAGAUCCAACCAAAGCCAAAAUGAUGGCUAAACACUUUGGCGUCCCAGAAGACAUGGAUUACGUCGAAGAGUAG